UGGCCACAUCCCACCUGCAGGGCCUUAAGAGGCCGAUGGCUCAGCCCUGCCAGCACCGCCAUGGCUCAGCUACUGUUCCUGCUCUCGGCCAUGUCCCCCACCGUGGCCCUGGCACUGCAGCUGCUCCUUGUCCUGCUCGGGACCACCCCAGGUUUGGGGGCACCGGGGGGGGGCUGUGGGAUGCCCCCCUCUGUCUGGUGCCAGGACUGGGUGACGGCGCUGCGCUGUGGGGCCCUGGGGCGCUGCCCCCACCUCACCCAGGGACAUCCCGAUGUGGACGUCUGUGCUGUGUGCCAGCAGCUCGUCAGCUUCUUCCACCAGGUCUCCAACCAAUCAGCCACAGAGAAACCCUGGCAGCUCUGCGCCACGCUGAACCUGUGUCGAGGAGAGCCCGGGGCCGCCCCGGCCGCGCCCGCCCUUGAGGCUCCCGGCACUCACCUGCAGCACCGGCUGCCGUGUGCCCAGCAGGGUGUCCCCGUCCCGCAGGGCUCCGGCGGGGCCGCGCUGUCCCCGGAGGCGCUGCCGCUGCCGCUGCCGCUGUGCUGGCUGUGCCGCACGCUGGUGGCGCGGGCCGAGGCCGCUGUCCCCGUGGGCUCAGUGGCCGCGGCGGUGGCCGGGCUGUGCCGGGCGCUGCCGCUGCCGGUGGCCGGGGCGUGCCAGUGCCUGGCCGAGCGCUACGCGGCCCUGGCCCUCGAGGGGCUGCUGGGGCGCCUGGGCCCCCGCCUGCUCUGCCGCCUGCUCCUCGCCUGCCGCAGCGGGGACAACUGGGACAACGAGGACGUGGGGACGGUGCCACCGCCCUGGGUGCUGGAGGCCAUCGUGGUGCGGCUGGCGGAGUGUGUCAGUGACGAGGACUCCAAAGGUGGCCAUGUCCCUGUGCUGUCCCUCCCCCUGGGCCCCUGUGCCCUGGGUCCCAUCUUCUGGUGCUCAGGCCCGAAGGCUGCCCAGCGCUGCCAGGCCCUGCAGCACUGCCAGGAGCACGUCUGGCUGUAGGGGGGCACCAGGACCCCCCCGCACGGCCCAAUAAAGCUUGGAUGCAGCUCUG